UCGAAGAAUCGGCACAUUGAGACGAGUUCGGGAUACUGCAGGGGGUGACUGUAGACGGUCCUCCACGAAACACGAGACAAGAGCGCCCGCGGCUACAUCUCGCAUAUUACGAAUCGAUAUCCUUAGGACCACUGCGGAUUGCUUAGACAAGGCCGCGCCUUCUGCUGAGCGGCACAGCGCUGCUUCACGCCUUUGUUCAAGGAUCGACAAGGCUGUACCACAUUCGGAAUCCGCCUGGCCACCAUGAAGUCCUUCAUAGCACUAUCCGCGCUCGCGGCUGUCGUCACGGCGCAGACCAGCUCGGUUGAAUUUGGCAACACUGUAUCGCUUGAUCUCGAGCCCACAGAAAUACCAACAGAACUACCAACACCGACAUCGAUUAACGAUAUCGAGGCUGAGCCCACCCCGGUUGAGACCAUUUCAGGCCCUAUCCAGACUGCAAGGGCCUGUGGGCAGAUAUCAGAUGCAGUUUCCAGUAGCUCAUCGGAGCUUCCCGCCGUAGAUGCUGAGCUUGCAAUUGCAUGUCUCAAGUCAGUGCCGUUGUACUCGACAGAUGCAUCCAGGACGGUUGACGAGAUCAAAAAGAUGGUCGAGUUCCAGUCCACACUGGCGUAUCUCAAGGAUCCACCCAAAGGAUAUCCAAACCCAGCCGUUGAUAUCCUCGGCGAGUUGGACACGCUCAAGGGCAACGUCGAGUCGGGGAGAUAUGACAACGAGUACGACUUUGAAGCCGAUAUCGCGGCCUUGUUGGGCAAGGCGUACGACGGGCACCUGGGCUGGAACGGCAUGGCCUUUGCAGGGUCCUUUUUGUGGAGGAGGAGCAGCAACAUUGCACUCAUCUCGGCAUCUACAAAUGGCAGCGACAUACCUCAGAUCUGGGCACUCAAGGACUUCAACAACACAAACGGAGCCUAUGAGCCCUCGCCUGUGACGCAAAUCAACGGCAAAGACGCAGUCGAGUUCUUGAAAGAAGAGGCAGAUACGGUUGCAUACCACGACCCGGACACGCGCUACAACGCCAUGUUCUUCAUGCCGGCAUCCGAAAACUACGGCUACUUUACCAAUCCGCGCUUCUACCCCGGUGCCUCGACCAACAUCACGUACAGGAACGGGACGACGGAUCAGUACAGGAACCUAGCCCGCGUCAUCGAUCCUGAUAAAUGGUACAACAUCGGCGACGGGGAAAGCUUCUACGAGGCUAUGUGCAUACCCACCGUCAGCACUGGAAACGGAGUCAAAAAGAGAGACAUGAACGAUCCGCCUCUGCAGCUCAAGAACCCGCGCGACCUCGACUUUGAGUCUGCAGCCUCCCAGCAGAAAGGGUCGGUGCCCUUGUUCUACCCGGAACCCACAAUUGUGCACUCGCGGGAGACGGUGCCUCUGGCGGGAUACUUUAUCAACACGUCUGUGGGCGAAAUCGGCGUCUUGGUCGCGCAAACGUUUAACACACCGGACGUGGAAUCGGCGCAGGAAUUCCAGCAAGUCAUCCAGGAAUACAUUGCACAGGCACAGUCUCGCGGCGUGGAGAAACACAUCAUCGACAUCCGCGGCAACCCCGGCGGCAAAGUGCUAUCCGGCUACGACAUGUAUCUCCAGUUCUUCCCCGCGCAGGUCCCGCAGACGCAAUCGCGGUACCGCGGCCACCGCGCGAGCGAGCUCUUCGGCGAGAGCAUCUCAAGCUUCGAGGAAAUCACGCUGGGCAACGGCCAGCUCUUCACAAGCCCCUUCAGCAACGACGCGUACGUGUCGGCAGACCUCGAGCCGUUCCAGGACUGGAAGGCCAUGUAUCCGCCUCUGCGCUUCAAAAACGACAAGUUCACCUCGCUCCUGAAAUACAAUCUCUCGGACCCGGACACCACCAGCAACGAGCAGCUCGCCGUCGGCAUCACCGUAACGGGAUACAUGGACCGCAGCAACUUCACGCAGGCCCCGUUUCGCCCCCAGGACCUCGUCAUCCUGUCCGACGGCAUCUGCGCAUCUACCUGCUCCAUCUUCCUCGAGCUCAUGGUCCAGCAGUCGGGCGUGCGCUCCCUCGCUAUAGGCGGCCGCCCCCAGCUCGGCCCCAUGGUCCCUGUCGGCGGCACAAAAGGCACACUCGUGCUCCCUUCCGUCUACAUGGAAGCCCUCUCGCUCUACGUCGCCGUGCAGUUCGCCGACGACCGCGCCCAAAUCAGAGAAUGGGCGACGUUCCUCCCGCAACAGGCGCCCAUCGCCGUGCUAGAUGCCGCCGUCAAUUUCCAGGAUAACAUUCGCGCGGGUUUGGAAUCCGCCGGUGUGCCGACCCAGUUUAUCAAUGAUACCGCGAGCUGUAGGGUCUGGUAUGAGCCACAGGAUUACCUCAAUGUCACGCGGCUGUGGGACAAGGCGGCCAGCGUGGCGUUUGGAGGAGACAGGGGCAAUUUGAAUGAGCGUGCGUGUGUGGCGGGGAGCGUGACGAGUAGAGAGCAGCAAACGGGCAAGGGAGAGGGCAACCCGGAUACCACGGGCGAUGGGGGCGGCGACGGAGACGACGACGACGAGGAUGCGGCGAGUGGGCUGAGGGUUGCGUGGUCGACGACCGUGGUUUGUGCGGGUGCGGUGGCGCUGAGUUUGCUGCUGCUCUAG